AUGAAGCUCGCCAUUCUUUCAACCGCUCUGAGCUUCGUCUUGGCCACUGCAAAUCCCCACUAUGCACACGGCUCUGCUUCCAAGUGGGAGGCUCCCGGCUUGAAUGACUUCCGCGGACCAUGCCCAAUGCUGAAUACCCUGGCCAACCACCAUUUCCUACCGCACGACGGCAAAGGGAUCACCAAAGAUGUGCUUACUCGUGGCUUGGGCGACGGGCUGAACUUCAAUGCGUCGCUUGCGGGCUUGAUGUUCAAGAUGGCUACUGUUGCUAAUCCCGAGCCGAACGCAACCUUUUUCACCCUGGAUCAUCUCAACAGACAUAAUGUCCUGGAGCACGACGCGAGCCUGAGCCGCACCGACGCCUACUUCGGCAACAAUCACGUAUUCAACGAGACCAUCUUCAACGAGACACGCGCAUAUUGGACUGCGCCCUUACUAGACGCCAAAAUGCUCGCCAACGGCAAGAUCGCCCGCCAGGUGUCUUCCCGUGCGUACAAUCCCACCUACAAGUUCACCUCAAACACGGAGGCAUUUAGCGUCGGGGAGGUCUCGGCCCCGAUCGUUGCCUUUGGCGACAUGGAUGCGGCGACCGUUAAGCGAGAUCUCGUGGAGUAUUUCUUUGAAAACGAGCGUUUCCCUACCGAGCUGGGAUGGUCGAGGAAGGAAGAGGUGGUUAAUAUUGAGGAUAUUACUCGACUGUCGGCGAUUAUCACGAACGCGACGAAUCUUCUGACGGGGUCGCAGGAGAAGGAGACCAGGCGGAAGGACUUGCAUAGUGGAUUCCAGGUCCUUUAG